AUGGCUGCCCUGGGCGAGGGCGCAAGCCUGCAGGGCACGUCUUCAAGGCAGACACAACACCGGUUUGGGGGCCUCAACACCGAGACCCUUCCGGCAGUGAACGGAGUCCAGGCUUGUCCCAGGCUGCAGUCCUCCUACAGCUUGUGUUUCUUCCCUGCAGAGAGCGGCGAUGAGGACAAGCACCCCAAAGGAACUGGAAAGCGUCGACGGAGCCUGGCGGCCCGACGCCCGCAUGGCGGCCCCUCCCCCGGUGCUACACAAGGGGAGCCUGAUGUUUUGAAGGAUGAACUUCAACUCUAUGCAGAUGCCCCUGGAGAUUUGGUGCCCUCGGGGGAAGCGGGACUGCGAAGGAGAGGCUCUGACUCAGCAAGCGGAGAAGUGGAGGCCUCUCAGCUAAGGAGGCUGAAUAUAAAGAAAGACGAUGAGUUUUUCCAUUUCGUCCUCCUGUGCUUUGCCAUCGGGGCCUUGCUGGUGUGUUACCACUAUUACUCAGACUGGUUCAUGUCCCUUGGGGUCGGCCUGCUCACCUUCGCCUCCCUGGAGACGGUCGGCAUCUACUUCGGGCUGGUGUACCGCAUCCACAGCGUCCUGCACGGCUUCAUCCCCCUCUUCCAGAAGUUCAGGCUCCUGGGGUUCAGGAAGACCGACUGAGGCCACCGCCAGGUGGGCGCUGCAGGGCCCCAGUGUGACCACCGCUGCAACCCGUGAGCCCACAAGGACAAGGGCAGAGCAACGUUCGGGAGACACGUGGGAGGCCAAGCCGGAGCAAUAAAGAGAGCACUUUUUCUUCCAUGUGGUCUGACGUCGGCACCAGCCCCUGGGGGUAUCGUUCAGGCAGCACUGGCAGGCCAUCCGCCCGCAGCAUGGAAGGCAGAGGGAGGGCACGGGGCGGAGCCCUUCACGGCACCUGAACCAGCAGGAAGAUUCUGAGAGGUCACUGCUCUCGGGAGACUGCAGGAGACGCCCGGCCCUGCAUGCUGUGAUCCUCCUGGGCUGGUGGUUUCACUCAAAUCCCCAGGCUAACCUGGUGGGCUCUCAGCUCCUACAGAGCCAUCCAGGGACAGUCCACUGCCCCCGAGGCACAGAGCCACCAGGCUGGGUCUCCCAGGUGAACCUGAUGCAGGUAAGAUGUUGGGGAUCAAAGCCACAGCAUCUGGCCAUCUUCCCCGAGCCCCAUCACCACCAAUGACAGCCCUGCUGCCCUGGACUCCAUCAAGAUUCAAAUAAACAUUCUCUUUCCUGUG